AUGAGCAGUGAAGAGGAGAGGAACCGUCCCGGAAAUUUUAUGGCCGGUUUAUCUAACCUGCAGAUGAGAGACUUGAAUGAUACUAUGACUAACCUUAUGAAUGCAGAUCUUGAUCAAAUCCAUCAGAGGCUAGAUGAGAUCCAAGGGAGUCAACAAACAAGAUCUAGAACCGGAGCAAGAAGAGCCCAUCCUAGGAGACCCAACCGGUCCGACCAUGACAUCCAUGAGGAGGACUCUCUUGAUGACGAUGGCCAGUCCAUCAACCGACCUAGGAGAGGUCAUAGAAACCGAAAUCUAGGUGAUGCUAAUCCUUUUGCUAGAGCUGAAAGAGUUGAUGAUGGUUUGGGUGAUCUUAAAAAGGUUAGACUUGCUGCUGCUGAAUUUUCUAACUAUACUAUUAACUGGUAUGAUCGAGUUGUGACUCACAGGAGGAGAACAAGUGAAGCACCAGUUGAUACAUGGGAGGAGCUUACCAUGCUGAUAAGGCGUUUGCUUCAGGGUACUAAGUCAGUGGAGGACUAUCAUCAAGAAAUGGAGACUUUGAUGAUCAAGGCUGAUGUGGACGAGCCUUUUGAUGCCACCAUGGCUAGAUUUCUUACAGGGCUCAACCGUGACAUCGAGGAUCGUAUGGAGCUCCAAGACUAUGACAACAUGGAGCAUAUGCUACACAAGGCCAUCCUGAUCGAACAACAAGUCAAGAGAAAGAGUUACUCUAAGCCAGCCUAUGCUCCAAAACCGUCCUUCACUUCUAAGCCAAACUACCAAGACAAAGGUAAGUCUUCUUCCACAACAAAUACUGCUUUGAAAACUGAUGUUUCUACUCGUGUUGACAAAGGAAAAAUAGUUGAGAACCCUAGCCGUGCAAGAGACAUCAGAUGCUUCAAGUGUCAAGGUCUAGGACACUAUGCCAACAAGUGUCCAAACCAACGGGUGAUGAUUCUCAUGGAUAAUGGUGAAGUUGAGUCCGAGGAUGAAAAGGAAGACAAGGAGGAUCUUGGACCAGUUUUUGAUGAGGAUGAGGAAACAUUUGAUUACCCAGCCAGUGGUCCACUUCUUGUUUCUAGGAAACUCUUGGACGACACACAUGAGCCCAUUUUCGAUGAGGAGGUCGAUGGUGUGAUUGACGAGUUCUGUUCGACCUUCGUGGAGGAUUCUGGUCCGAUCUUUGAUGAGGACAGCCUUGACUACCCAACAUCUGGCCCAUUACUUGUCACUAGACUAUGCUUGAGUAAACUUAGGUUUGUUACUCGGUCUCUUUCUCGUCCUUUCAGGUUGGAGUGGCUAAAUGAAGCUGGUGAGCAGUACGUCAAGGAGCAAAUCACCGUUCCACUCACCAUUGGUCGUUAUGAGGAUGAGAUCUUUGAUAAGAGGGCAGUACAUGAUGGGUUCACAAACCGGCACUCUUUUGAUCACAAGGGAAAGAAAAUCACCUUGGUUCCCUUGUCACCUUUGGAGGUUCAUCAACACCAGGUUCAGCUCAAGAAAGGUCGUGAACAAGAGUCUAAAGUAGACAAACCUGAAGCCUCCACCAGAAACUCCAACUUUUAUAUCAAGGAAAGUCAGGAUUUUUCUGAUGUUUUUCCAGAAGAAAAUCCCAAGGGAUUGCCACCAAUAAGGGGCAUUGAGCAUCAGAUCGAUCUUGUCCCGGGCGCUUCUCUACCGAACCGACCAGCGUACCGCACCAAUCCAGUUGAAACCAAGGAGCUGCUGAAACAGAUUGAUGAGCUGCUUGAGAAGGGAUAG